UCAAAAGCUUGGGAGAGAGGGAGCAGAGACGAAACAAGAACAAAAGUUCCUUUGCUCUUCUUCUUAUUUGAUAUUUAUUUCUCAGUCAUCUCCCUUCCUCCAUUACUUUCUCUUUCUCUCUACCUCUCUCAGUACCAAACUCUCACUCAAAAUUUCUUUUUGAAUUUCGUUUAUCAAAGCCCUCUCUCAAUUGUUCAAAUCUUGGAGCUACGAAAUCGCGUAAUUUAUGUUUUCUCUAUGUUUCAGUGGCUUUCCGAUUCGGUUUCGGAUCUGAAACUGUGUCAAUUUGAGGAAUUUCGGUGAUUAUUUAUUUUAUAUAAAAAAAUAAUAAUAAUAAUAAUAAUAAUAUUUUUUGGAAUUGAGUUUUGUUGAAUUUCAUGGGGGAAGGUGAGGGAAGCGAUUUCCCUCCGAAGAAAGCUCAAUCGGACGGACCGGCGGCCUGCUCGUCUACGACGGAGGCUCCGGCGGCUAAGAAGCUCGCGAGGCAGCUUGAUUUCACGGCUUUUGACUCCAGCGCCUCCGCUACUGUGGUUUUGCCGGAACACCCGCAGACUCAGACUGUGACGGUUACAGUGGCGGUUGCGGCUCAGAGCCAGCCUCCGCAGGUUUUGGUGAGGCCAGUGGUGGCUCCGCCGCCUCCUCCUCCUCCUCUUCCUUCGACAACGACGACGCAGCCGCUGGCUCAAGCGCCUGUGAGAAAACCAGAUUCUCCAAAAUCAAGACCAAAACCCAAUUCUGAAGUAAAAGAUGGCACUCCGAAGAAGCAAAAACAGUGCAAUUGUAAACAUUCACGAUGCUUAAAGUUGUAUUGUGAGUGUUUUGCAUCUGGAAUAUACUGUGAUGGUUGCAACUGUGUAAAUUGUUAUAACAAUGUUGAGAAUGAAGCUGCUAGACGAGAAGCUGUAGAAGCUACUUUAGAGCGUAAUCCAAAUGCAUUCAGGCCUAAAAUUGCAAGCAGCCCACAUGGAGUGCGGGAUAAUCGGGAGGAGGCUGGGGAAGUUUUAAUAUUGGGAAAGCACAACAAAGGAUGCCAUUGCAAAAAAUCUGGGUGUCUCAAAAAGUACUGUGAAUGCUUCCAAGCCAACAUUCUCUGCUCUGAAAAUUGUAAAUGCAUAGACUGCAAGAAUUUUGAGGGUAGUGAAGAGAGACAAGCCUUAUUCCACGGAGAUCAAGGCAACAACAUGGCAUAUAUUCAGCAGGCUGCGAAUGCUGCCAUAACUGGAGCUAUUGGAUCCUCUGGGUAUGCAUCCCCUCCAAUAUCAAAGAAAAGAAAAAGUCAGGAGCUCUUCUUUACUACCACAGCCAAGGAUCCAUCUGCACACCGGCUUGGGCAAUUUCAACAGGCAAACCAUCUCAAAUCUUCUGCACCCUCUUCAUUGUCUUCCGUCCCAGGUGCUCGUGUUGGUGGCACUGCAGCAUUAGGCCCUUCCAAAUUUACAUACAGGUCUCUCUUAGCAGACAUUAUUCAACCACAGGACUUAAAGGAGCUUUGCUCAGUUUUGGUAGUACUCUCUGGUGAAGCUGCCCAGACAAUUGCAGAGCAAAGAAGUGCAACAGAAAAGCGGGCAGAAGAUCAUACAGAAACCUCCCUUGCUUCAUCAACUCAAGAAAGGUUUCCAAGCCAGAAGGAACCCAAUGUUGAGAAUGCUGUGGCUGAUGAUUGUUCAAGUGCAAACCAGAACGAUAAAAUUGGCGCUGAAGAUUCCAGUUCAGAUGGUGCUGAUGUACCUAAAGGAAGGCCUAUGUCACCUGGGACUUUAGCAUUGAUGUGUGAUGAACAAGAUGCAGUCUUCAUGGCAUCCACUUCACCCAAUGGGAUGAUGGGCAAUCAUAACACGUCUUCACAGUUGCCUUAUGGACAAGGCAUGACAGAGGUCUAUGCAGAGCAGGAAAAGAUUGUUUUGACAAAGCUUCGAGAUUGUCUUAAUAGGCUCAUCACGUUUGGAGAAAUAAAAGAGACAAACUGUUCAUCAUUAGCCAGGAGUGAAUUGGGGGUUCAAAAAGACUUCCUGAGCAAUGUUGGGGCCAAUGCCAAUGCCAGAAUUGAAGCGGGGAAUCAACAGGGACCGGUUAGCAAUGGUAUUGCAAAAACAGAUGUCCCACCUACAGCCAACAAGACUUCUCAGAUGGCUACUCCAGUGGUUGUGGCCCCUAGCAAUGACCUCCUUCCAAAAGUUCCAUUUCUCCCCAAAAAUGGUGAUACAAAACCGAAGAAUGAAAAAGAGAUGUAAAAAGAUUAUAGCACAGAAAUUUGGCCCAAGGUAUUCCCCUGCAUCUCUCUAAUAUUAGUACUACACCAUUGUUCCUUACUUGAUUUUAUUCAAUGCAGCGUUGAGAUGGUAUUGGGCCUCAUUGUUAGAACUGACCAGGAUCUAAUUUGAUCCUUCUUUUUCAUUUUCUUUUUUCAUCUUCUCUUUUUACGCCAUUAGUAUAUUCUAAAUUAGUUUUCCAGCUUCAACAAUAGUUUGGCACUGGUGUAAAAUGCUGAACCUUGUAAUUGCACAAGAUAUCAUUUAGAUUAUUAAUGCCAAUGACCAUAUAGCCUGUAUCGUUAGGUGCUAAGAUUUUGUUUUUUACUAUUUACAUUUCUAGAGAAACAAAGAGCAGUUUUAUAAUU